CCCGAAUUGCUCUCCUUCCAUUGGACCCCGAAAACCUCCAAUAUAAUUCCGAUAGUCUCGAACUCAAACCCUAACAAUCCGAGAAAAACUACAAGUAGAACCCCCAAAUUUUCUUCCAAUUUCUCGCUGUCCAAACGCCGAUUGUCGUUUUAUUCGAAAUUCUGACGAUCCAGACAUCGAUCUUCAUUGCAGUCGAAUCACCGGUAAGGGCUUUGGAGUCUUCUGUGUGGGAUCGGAAUCGGAUGGAUGAGAAGAAUGUGAAUCUUCAUCACCGUCGGGCGGAGGAAGUGGAGGAGGACGAGGAGGAUGGGAGCGAGAGCAGCGACUACACGUCGGAGGACGAAGGGACGGAGGAGUACCGCCGGGGUGGCUAUCACGCCGUCCGAGUCGGCGACACCUUCAAGAACGGCCAGUAUGUUGUCCAGAGCAAGCUUGGCUGGGGACACUUCUCCACCGUCUGGCUCGCUUGGGACACUCUCAAGUCCCGGUAUGUAGCCCUGAAAGUGCAAAAGAGUGCUCAGCAUUACACAGAGGCAGCAAUGGAUGAGAUUACCAUCUUGCAACAGAUUGCAGAUGGUGACCCAGAGGAUAAGAAAUGUGUAGUGAAGCUUUUGGAUCAUUUUAAGCACUCAGGUCCAAAUGGACAACAUGUCUGUAUGGUUUUUGAGUAUUUGGGGGAUAAUCUACUUACACUUAUCAAGUACACUGAUUAUCGUGGGUUGCCUAUUCAAAGAGUCAAGGAGAUAUGCUACCAUAUUUUAGUGGGUUUGGAUUACCUGCACAGACAACUCUCAAUUAUACACACUGAUUUGAAACCAGAGAAUGUCUUGUUGCUAUCCAUGAUUGAUCCAACUAAGGAUCCUAGAUGUUCUGGUGUUCCUCUUAUUCUUCCUAACAGGAAUAGGUCUGUUUUUGAGACUAGUAUUGCCAAAGAUGUCAAGACAUCCAAUGGGGAUUUGACAAAGAAUCAAAAGAAAAAGAUAAAAAGAAAGGCCAAGCGUGCUGCUCAGGGUUGUGUGGGGAAGGAAGCUUCAACAGAAUCUGGGACAGAACCUGAAACAUCUGGUGGUGUAGAAAUCCCUAACAACUCAAAUUCAAAUGUGGGUUCUGCAGAAGACCAGCCUGCUGGUUCUGUCAAAGAAAAUAUGUUGUCGAAAGAAGAUGGGAUGAAGAGCAGUGGGAAAGGAAAUCAAGGCCAUAAAAGAGGGAGCCGAUCUGCAAGGCAGAAGCUGUUGGCAUUAGUUGAUCUCAAAUGCAAAUUAGUUGACUUUGGGAAUGCUUGUUGGACAUACAAACAAUUUACAAAUGACAUUCAAACGAGGCAGUACAGGUGUCCUGAGGUCAUCCUGGGGUCUAAAUAUUCUACUUCUGCAGACCUUUGGUCUUUUGCUUGCAUCUGUUUUGAGCUCACAACAGGCGAUGUUCUUUUUGAUCCUCAUAGUGGUGACAACUUUGAUAGAGAUGAGGACCACUUAGCGUUGAUGAUGGAGCUUCUCGGAAUGAUGCCACGAAAGAUUGCACUAGGGGGCCGUUAUUCCAGGGAUUUCUUCAACAGAUAUGGGGAUCUAAGGCACAUCCGCCGCUUGCGUUUCUGGACCCUAAACAAGGUUUUGAUGGAGAAAUACGAAUUUAGCGAGCAAGAUGCAAAUGACACGGCCGACUUCCUGGUUCCCAUACUUGAUUUUGUCCCGGAGAAGCGACCAACAGCAGCACAAUGCCUGCUUCAUCCAUGGAUUAGUUCAGGUCCUCGCUUUUUAGAGCCUUCAGUGCCAUCUCGUCAAUCUCAAUCUGCUAAUACUGAAGAUUCAGAGGAAAAGAAGCGGGACAAAGAGGAGAGGGAAGCCAUGGAGGUCGGAAUGGGGAAUAUCGACAUCAAUACAGACUCCAAACAGGUUAAAGAUCCUGAGGUAGCCAUAGGAAGUUCAUCGAGGUAGGCUGACCUAUCUUCUGUUUGCAACCUCUUGAUCAGCGGUUCGAUUCUUGCAAGGCAUGGUUUCUUCCGGCAUUAGUUUGGACUGGCAUUCGGUUUCGGGAUAACUGGUUGUGUUCUAGUAAUGGGUGGGACGCCAAAGGAGACAUUGCCUUAAUGCAGCUAGAUGCUGUGAUUGAUGGGAAAAGUGAGAGCCAUUGCCCUAAUGCAAUAGGUGAGAGAUGCGUGCCGGGAAAAUUCCGAUGCUUGGUGACUUGUUUGUAAAGGGAUUCAUCUGCUAUUAUUUUGGAACUUCUACUUAUUCUGAAACUGUUUUACUGAACACUUUCUAUCUGGUCAAAUAUUGCUGUAUUUUUAUGUGAGGUUUUACUUCUCACAUAAAUUCCAGUAUUGUGUUUACCUUAA